ACUUUUGUUCCGGAGGCGAACGAGUGCGGGGUGGGGAGGAUGACGUGGCGGGCUUUGGGAUUAGUUUAGUCAUUAGCGGGCUCGCUCAACCAUCUCCGCUCUACGUAGUCAGUAAUAAGUCAGUCGUCCCUACAGUUGGGGAAUUUGUUGGUGUUUCACUCCUGUGUGGGCUGCGGGGAGGAUUCCUGCGGGGUUUGAUCCGGCGAGCCGAGGCUGGACCUGCGCCAACCGGCUGCUUCUGCUUGCCAUGGCCGGGAUCGACGACGCCGCCGCGCAGCUGGUGCAGAAGCUGAUAAUCUGUGGAGUUCCAGAAGAGCAGCAACAUCAAGAAGGCUUGCUCAUGUAUUUGGAUGAGCGCAAGGAUAAGAUUUCUGAGAUCACGAGGGCCAUCUUGUCAGCGGGCACUGAUUUACUGGAGUGCCGUGAGCCAUCACAGAAGAAUGAAGACGACAGCAGAAGCAGGAAUGCAUGCAGUGAGAGCCUCUUGUGGUUGCAGUGGAUGAUGUUCGGCAGAAACCCAGAUGCAAUGCUUCAUGACAUGGAGCUUAGCUCUGAGGAUAACCGUGCUGUCUGCGGGACUGUCUGGGGGAAGAAUGUCCUUGCUUACCGCUGCCGGACCUGCGAGAGUGACCCCACAUGCGUGAUUUGUGUUCCGUGCUUCCAGAAUGGUAAUCACAAGGAUCAUGAUUACUCCAUCCUUGAAACAGGUGGUGGGUGUUGUGAUUGUGGGGAUGCUACUGCUUGGAAGCCUCAAGGGUUCUGCUCGAGGCACAAGGGGGUCGAACAGAUUAAGCCUCUUACCGAGGAACUUGCGAGUUCCGUAGGGCCUGUGUUGGACGAGCUCUUGCUGUUCUGGAAGGAGAGGAUUUGCAUUCCUCAUGAAAAGGCUGACGUUUGCAAGAAGAGGGUUGCCGAAGAGUUGACGAUUGCUAUUGCUGACAUGCUGCUUCGCUUCUGCGCAUGUAGUGACAACCUUCUAAGUUUUGUGUCCCAAAGGAUCCAUGAGUCCCCUGGUCUCUUGGAUGCAUUGAUGAGCGCAGAAAGGAUACUGCACAGGAAGAUUGUGGGAAAAUUGCAUGAGUUGCUUUUGAAGCUUAUCGCUGAACCGGCUUUUAAGUAUGAGUUUGCCAAAGUUUUCAUACAGUACUACCCUGUUGCAUUUUCUGAAGUUAUUAAAGGGGGCAACGACUAUGUGCUGGAGGAGUAUCCACUGAUACCAGCCUUUUCUGUCCAAAUAUUUACCGUGCCUACGCUGACUACAAGGCUUGUGCGCGAGCACAAUUUGUUGGGUACUCUUCUUGAAUGUUUGACAGCUCUGUUUCUUUCUUGUGUUGGUGAGGAUGGCCGUUUACAGACGAGCAAAUGGGUAAAUUUAUACGAUGCUUCUUUUAGAUUAUUGGAAGAUGCACGCUAUGUCCUGAGACAUGAGGAGGUUUCCAUGUAUGUUGCUUCUGAGAGGCCUGAUCUAACAAGUUCAUGGGUUAAGCUGUUGUUACUUGUGCAAGGAAUGGAUCCUCAGAAGAGACUGGCGAGUAUUCAUGUUGAAGAUGAGAAUGAGAAUCUAUCUGCGCCUUUCGUGCUAGGACACUAUCUUCGGAUCAUUCAGAAUCUUUUGAUGAUGGGAGCAUUUUCUUCUCCUGGGCAACAAGAAUCAACAAGUGUUACUAUAUGCUCCGGUACGAUAAAAGGCAUCGAAAGGGUUGCGAACCAGCAGCUUGCAAAAGUUGGAAGGGUCUCCCAGGAGAACUCGGUAUGCAAUUUAGGUACCAGAGAGAGUUCUUCGAGCAGUGAGUUACCAUCACCUGCUGCCUGCUUAGUUCGUCAGUGCUUGAAAGCUAUUGGUAGCUGGCUGGAACAGAUUGGUGAGGUGGGGAUGAAGGUAAAUGAAGGAUCCCAACUAGUCGAUGUUGCAGAUUAUUAUGAAGUAAUUGGUCCUCCUAUUCAAGAGUCCGACAACAUGGUGAUGACAGGUAAAGGGGGGAUGCCUCACGUUGGUAACAUCACAGGAAAGGGAAAGAUGCAAGAAACUAGCAGCGCACCAGAUGUACAAUUGCACUCUGAAAAUGUCAUUGCCGCUACUCUGACUGAUCACAAGUUUUUAUAUGCUCACCCAGAUUCAGGAACUGAUGAACUAGGUAUACUCAACACAACAGGCUGGCAUCAUGUUGUCUUUGAUGUCAGUUCACAAGCCACAUCUUUUCAUAUCCCUUUACACCGUAUGCUUUCGUUACUAUUGCGGGAAGCAAUGAAUAAAUGUUUCGGAGAGGAUGCCAAAACAGAGGAAUGUUCAGUUGUGCGGUCCAAUGAGUUCUUCUCUCAGGUACUUGGAGGUUGUGAGCCUUAUGGGUUUGCUUCAGUUGUGAUGGAGCAUCCCUUAAGAGUCAGAGUAUUUUGCGCACAAGUGCGUGCUGGAAUGUGGCGUAAGAAUGGUGAUGCAGCUAUACUAAGUGCUGAGUGGUACCGCUCUGUGCAAUGGUUUGAACAGGGCUUGGAGUCGGAUUUGUUUCUGCUUCAAUGCUGUGGCGCAUUAUCUUCUCCAGAGUUCUUUGUGAGGACCAUUCAAGAAAGAUUUGGUUUGUCAGAUUAUACAUCUCUGGAUCUCACUGAACACAAUGAGUAUGAGCCGGUUCUUAUACAAGAGAUGCUAACCUUGAUUGUGCAACUAGUCAAAGAACGCAGAUUUUGUGGGCGUUCCGCAGCAGACAACUUGAAGAGAGAAUUGAUUUAUAAAUUGGCUGUUGGAGAUGCCACCCAUAGCCAGAUUGUGAGGUCUCUUCCCCGUGACCUUUUGUCAAGCGAACAAUUUCAAGAUGUUCUAGAUUCAGUCGCAGUUUAUUCUGAUCCAUCUGGAAAUAAAAAGGGCAAGUAUGUGCUUCGCGAAGCAUUCUGGAAGGAACUGGACUUGUAUCAUCCGCGCUGGAGUUCCAGGGAAUUGCAGAUUGCUAAGGAGAGAUAUUACCGUUUUUGCAAAGUUUCUGCUCUUGGUGCUCAACUACCUCAAUGGACUCAUAUUUUUAGCCCUCUGUGCAGUAUUUCUAAGAUUGCCACCUCCAAAUCUGUCCUUCAAAUUGUUCGUGCUGUUCUCUUCUAUGCUGUUUACACCGACGCAUCAUCGGUAUCGCGUGCCCCUGACAGCGUUCUUGUGACUGGUCUGCACCUGCUUUCGUUGGCACUUGACAUAUGUGAAUCAGGGAGUCAAAUUUCUGCCGACCAGUAUGGGAUGGACUUACUGCAGCAUGAUGAUGAAUCGUGGGUUGUUCUGUCAUCGGAUGCAGAAGAGGCUUUUCCCAUAUUGACCUACUCUACAGAACUAGUCUCCCCAGAGUCUGACAAGCUAAAGAAGGAUAGCAUGCUAACCUUGCUUGUUUCACUGAUGCACAAGGAAAAGAAUGACAACACCUUUUCUGGAUGCAAUAUUCCAUCUCUAGUUGUGAGUUUGUUAAAGAGAUUUGCCAAGUUAAGUAAGCAGUGCAUGUCUGCAGUAAGACAAAUGGCACCACAAGUACUCCCAUCCAUUCCAGAUCAUGCCAGCGCCAAACAGAAUUUAGGAUCUCCUGAUUUGACUGGAAAACGCCAAUGCAAAGCUGCAAUCAUGGCAAAAAUGGGAGAAGAGCAGUCAAAACGUGCUGAAAGUAUGAAGUCCUCAGGAAAUGAAGGGCGUGAUGUUCCAACAUUUGAGCCAGAUGCGCCCAAAUCAACUGCCGUUGAGACACGAUCAGUUUGUUCUCUGUGCCAGGAUUCGGGUUCCAAAAGUCCACUCUGCUGUUUGAUUCGUCUUCAGACUGCCAUGGAAACUAUGAUGGCAGACACUGUUGAAGAUGGUCGGACCCCAAGUUCAAUUGCGGAGUUCGCUUCCAAGGUACUCUCCCAUCUCAGCUCCACAAGCUCGUCGAAGUCAUCAGCUGUUCAAGUUCUCGAGGAUAAACUCGAGGUGGAAAGACGGGGUGCGGCUGCGCUCCGAGAAGAAAUGGGCGCCUUGAGGAAGCAAGCAGAAAAGGCCGAUGCGGUCAUCGCGAAAACCCAACAAGAGAUGGAGGAAGUCAGGAAGAAGCAAGCCGAGACCGACCAGAUUCUUCAGCUUCUCCUGUGCAGAUCUCAGGGUAACCCCGCUUCUUAGUCUCUGUUGAGACUGGUUCUUAUGGAUGUACUGUAUGUCAGAACUUAUUUGAACUUGUCGUUGUGUGAACCACUUCGUAUCUUGUGUAAAUCUUCAAUAAAAUGCGAGUUGAAAGCUGGAUGUAUGUGACAUGUAAAGUAUUAGGGUGUAUUGUAAUGGGCUAUACAAUGCAAUGCAUGAUGCUUCUGAUCGCCAUUUGGCCGGUAGA